UGAUAAUAAAUACUUAGUCAUUUACAUUUUUAAACUAUUUUUAGCUAACUUCGCUCAUCUUUACGGAAAUACCAGGUUAAAAAAAAUGACAUUUAUUAACUAAACGUCAUAGAAAUGUCAAGAUUUGGUAAAAUCGCGUAAAAAUUCGUAAAAUUUUCGUUUACGAAUUAAUAAAUACGUUCAGUGCGUAACUUUCCGUGCGUUUCGUGUGUUAUCUAUGUGUUAAACCUUAUUAACACGUCACAAAUUGUUUAUACCUACCGGGCAAGUACUUGUGAAUCGAAUCCAGUACCGGAUAAAAAUUCGCGAUGUUUUUUUCAUACACAAAAUAGAAUAUUUCGUUUGAUAAAAAGUGUAAUAAUUAAGUUUAAAUGUCGCGAAUUGUCGUUCUAACGAUUCUAAUCGUUAUAUUUGAGUCUUGUUUGGUUUUUGGUUUCCCCCCAGAGAAUAGAGGAGAAAAUGUCGCAAAUGAUGAAGUAAUAAGUAAAACUAAAACGGGAAAUAACACGGUCGUUUAUGAAAUGAAACCUAACAAGACAGGAAAUGAUGUUAAAAUUAAUGUAACUGGUGUAAUUACUCCUGAGGUUAAAAAUGAUCAAAAACAACCCCAAAAUCAAACAAUAUCAGAGAAAACAAUUUCCAUUAUUAAUUCGAAUAAUCUUCCUGCACUUAAUGAACCAGCUUUACACAGACUCUUUUAUGUCCUCCUAGGGUUAAGUACAGUUACUGUUUGUUAUGUUGCUAUGAAAAUGUAUAGGGUAAGAAAAGGUGUUACUAGACCUACACAUGUUAGAAAAUACGGUGUACUUGCUCAAAGGAGUGAUAUAGAAAUGGAACCUCUUCACCUCGACGAUGAUGAGGAUGACGAUACUGUUUUUGAUGUUGGAGCUCAUGCAAACAGGUGAUUAACAUGGAAAGGUUUUGUUGUGAUCUGAGUGAUGUACUUAGAAGACUGAUUCAAUUGAUGUGAACUGUUAACUUGGAAGAGGACAACUUAUAACAUAAAAAUAAAUUGAAAAAUAUUGA